AUGCAAUCUGGCGUAUUAUCUGGAGAUCGUGGCCGGAGACGCGGAUGGUGCCACCACCCGCUGUCAGGUACAACACGUGCCGGGCUAAUGCGGUCAUGACGCAACGCAUCCUGGCUUCUAGAAGACCGUCUCAAUUCCGGAAGGCCUUAUAAUGUCAGCUUUCUGCUUCUCUAUAGCCAUCGCUCAAGAUACCGCUUCGACAUGUCUAUACUUUUGCCGCUUUACGUGUACCCAAGCGCGGGCGCCUGGGAACCGCUAUACACAGCAGCAAAAGCGCAUAGGAAUGUAGACUUUAACGUCAUCAUCAACCCCUGCUCUGGCCCUUGCAUGGGAUCACUCCCCGAUCAAGUGUACCUAGAUGAAGUCCCCAAACUACGAGCCUACCCAAACAUUCGCACAUUAGGAUACGUUGCAACAGACUACGCAGACAAACCUAUCGAAAGCUUAUUAGCAGAAAUCGACACCUACGCGCGCUGGCCCCAAGUCACGAACAUCACCAAGAUGCGCGUUGAUGGAAUCUUCUUAGAUGAGACACCGAGUACAUUGGAUGAAGACGAUUACGAAUACUUAAAGACGGCGAAUCAAGCGAUCAAGAACAACACAGCAUUCAGCGACGGCUUCAUAGCUCAUAACCCUGGCCUGAUACCCACGUCCAUCCUCACCUCGCCCACGGUGCUCCAAGAAUCCUACCUCAACCUCACCGAUCUCACCGUCGUGUUCGAAGAGACAUUCGACAAGUGGCUGGAUAGAGACGUCAUGGUGCCAUUGCAAGCACACAAGAUCCGGCGCUCGAAGCUGGCAGUCAUACUGCAUUCUUUGCCGAAUCUGACUGAAGAGGUGCUGGAGUUUAUGGUGCAGCAGGUUGAGAACACGGCGGAUUGGGUUUUCUUGACGGAUAGUGCGGACGACUACUAUCACACCUUUAGCACGAUGUUUGGGGAUCUAGUAAAGGCGGUUGAUGGGAGUAGUUGAGUGGAAUAGAAUGACUCAAACGUAUGUGAC